AUGUUUAGUUUCUGCAAAUCUGGGUGUGGAUUUUAUGGCAGCUCCUCAACUGAUGGUUAUUGCUCGAAGUGCUACAAUGAGAAACUUCUGAAGAAUCUUGAUGUAGAGAGCAAGCAGUCUGUUGAUGGUGAUUGUCUGGCUACAACAUUUUGCGACGUGUCAAUAAAAGAAAAAACGCUAGACGUUGGUGAUUUCAACGCUUCAAACGAAGAGAAGAAAUCAACAGACGAUGCUCCAACCACAAAAGUGAAAGAGAAGAGUAACAAGUGCCACAUCUGCAAGAAAAGAGUGGGACUGACAGGGUUCGAUUGCAGGUGUGGCGGGCUAUUCUGUGGUCUGCACCGAUACUCAGACACCCAUCAAUGCACCUUUGAUUAUAAGGAAGAAGCGAGAAAGGAGAUCGCAAUGAAAAAUCCAAAAGUUUCCAGAUCGAAAAUAGAAAAGAUUUAG